AUGUGGUUCCGCCUCACUGCGGAUGGCAAAAGCGAAAAUGUAAUUCACACCGACCAGAACGUGGUGAGCCCCACCUACAAGGGCAGGGCCCGAUACACCGGUAGCUACAAGACGUGCAAUCUACAGAUCACUAACAUCAGGAGUACGGACAGCGGGCUGUACUGCUUUAGGUUUGAGACAGACCGGUGGCAAGGCAAAUGGACCUCGGCCAAUGCGGCGACCCUUUCUAUUACAGAGCUCCAAGUGGACGUCCAUCCAGCUAGAACCGAGAACAGGUUUGCGUCCGGAGAGACGGUCUAUCUGAGGUGCACAGCUCGGGGGUGUGCGGCCCCAGGGAAGACGUUCGCCCUCUACAGGAACGGCCUGAACCUCGGGCCGGCCAAUAACUGGUUCAUGAUCAAUAACUUUGACCCACAACUUGCGGGCACAUUCACCUGUCGUAUUCCCUCUCAGAGGAUACAGUCCCCGGGCAUCACUCUGGCUGUUGGCCGCAGGCUGAAGGUGAUCGCCCUGGCCUCUGCUGUGGGCAUGUCCGCCAGCCUCAUUACACUCACUGUGAUGGUGAUGAUAAGGUCCUGUGGUGGGGCAACAGGACUGCCGGUCUUGCAUACACCUGGAAAUAGGCACUGUGGUGGGCAUCAUCGUGGCUGACAUUGUCCUGACCCUCCUUAUCGCCCUCUCUGUCUUUUUCUUUGUGUCCCGCCUGAAGAAGAGGACUCGGCUAGAAGCCCUGGAAAUUAAAGAGAAAACACAGUCUAAAACACAGGCCAAAACACAGGCACACAUGUCUACGAGAAAGAAGCCAGAAGCAGAGUCUCUCUACCAGGAGCUUCAGGGGGUGCAGGACGAUGAGUACAGUGAUCUCAGACAGUUCCAGAAACAAGGCCACUCCAGACCAAGCGUCAAAGG